GUCGCGUGGUGCUCCGUACAGCCGUUUCUCUUUACGUCUCGCGGUGUGCGUCCGAGAGUUUCGUAAUCACGGCGUUUUAUUCGACUGUUCGAUGUUAACGAGGAAAGCACUUAGUCGAUCGUAAUCGCGAAUUAUACGUAGAGUGUCGCGACCAACGGUGGGCGUUUGCAAUUGGAGGAUAGAAGGAAUAUAUAGAAACCGGGAAAGGAAUAAAAGUGAAAAUGGGAUGCAACACGAGCAAGGAGAGUGUUCAGCCGGUUGGGGAUGAAGCAAAGGAGGACGUCAAGAACGGCGAUAUUCCAAAAGCGUCCGAGACCAGUCCAGAAAAGGUAGACUCGCAGGACGCUCAUAAGGAUAAGACAGGGGAGAAGGAGUCCGAGCCGAACGAGUCGAACGAAGAGGCGAGGAAAGACGACGAGGUCGUCGUUAAGGAGAGGGAAGAAGCCGCGACGAGGAUACAGGCGGCGUUCCGCGGCCGUCAAGCCAGGAAGAGUAUGAAGGAGACUGAAUCCUCCGCGAAGCAGACGGGGACCAAAUCGGACCCAGAGCCGACCAAAGAACAACUCCAGGAGGAGUUCCGAGCAGACGACAAGGAGCUUUGCGACGCGGCGACGAAAAUCCAGGCGUCCUUCCGCGGCCACAUGUCGAGAAAGGAACAGGCCGUGGCAAUCGCGAAAACGGCGGAGCAAGCCGUUGAGGAUGUCGUUUCCGAUCUGGACGACAAGGCGAAGGAAGCCAUGAACGAGCUGGAAGGGAUCGAUCUAACGGACCCGGAUCUCCACAAAGCGGCGACGAAAAUCCAGGCGAGCUUCCGGGGUCACAAGGUCCGCCAGGAAGUGUUAUCGACUCCAGGCACCGAGGAGACCAAGAACUAAAAAAAAAACAAAAACAAAAACAAAAACACGAGCCGUAAACAAAGACCGCGAGUAGCUGAUCUUUCGAAAAUCGAAUCGCCGAUAGUACGCCCGAGAAAUAAGAAUUGAAAGAGAAAAACAAACAAAAAAUAAAAGUCUAAGCGACAACUAUAAAAAACUAAAACAAGCGAUCGAACCAGUAGCGAGUAAAAAUCGGGCAUGAAUCUCUCUUUUUGGUUUUUCGUUUGUCGUCGAGUCCGCUUCGUACGAUCGCAUGCGAAAUCAACCACAGUCACCGACUUGUGUCCCGAUUCAAAUGAUCGCUUCGAAAUCGUGGGUGGAUUCCUUUUAAAAAGCAUAAGAAUCCGAACGACGUUUCGGGAGUAAAACAACAUGUCUGUUUAAAAUUGACAUCCUUUAACGAAACGGAAAAAAUGGCAGGAUCGAAUACGUGACAGAAAAGAAACGAAUAAUCUAUCCGCUGUAUUUAUACUGUUUUCUCUUCUCUGUAUUUGUAAAGAGCUGUGUAAAACCACGGAAAAUUAAAUUUUCCGAUUCGCACCCCAUAGAUUCCUUCUGAUUUCAGUUACACGUCGACCCGUGUUGCGUGUAUAUUUUCCACGUGCGUCUCGAACUCGAGUGUCUACAGAUUAAUAUUUCCAAAUACACCAUCGGAGGACCUUUAAUCCUCGACAUAUACGUCGUUUCACGGCUCGUUAACGGAAAUUGGCAUUCAAUAUGUAGAAUGGCAGUAUGCAGCAAACGAGUCGGAAGAUAUCGAGUAGGUCGCCGAACGGAGAGAAAAAGAAUUGUUUCGAUCUCCUAUAACAAGCAUCGCAAGGUGCAUUCUAUUAAAUUAAGCAAGUGUAAUUACUCGCGAAGGACCUUUCCCUCUGAAAGUCCCCAAAAGAAAUGAAAAAUAAAAACAGACGAUUAUAAAGUGAUUAAUUCGAAAGUCAGUUUCUUUCAAUGUAUUCUUAAAAAAGAAAAAAACAGAUCCAACCGAAUCGAAAGAUAUCGAGUAGGUCGCCAAACGGAAAAGAAAAAUAAUUAUGUCGAUUUCCUCGUAAUAAGCAUAACAACAUGCAUUAUAUCAAUUAAGCAAAUGUAAUUACUCGAGAGUGACCUUUCCUUCUGAAAGUUCCCCCAAAUAAACGAAAAAUAAAAACCGAAGUAUGCAAAGUGACUGAUUUGAAAGUCAGUUUCUUUCGAUAUAUUCUUGAAAAAACAAAUCCAACCGAAUCGGUUUAAUCGAAGUUUUUAUGAAAACCAGACUAUGCAUUUCGUGUUUGAUGUCACCAUAGAAUUGGCGGUCGACGAAGCGAAGGGAAAAAAAUAUGUAUUCCAACCGCCUUAAAGUAUUAAAUAACGAUUUCGAUAGGUGGUUGUGCCGAGUAUUUUGUGAAUGGCCCAGUAAUAGAUUGUAUUUUCCCCAUUGUACAAGCCCCGCUGGUACGAAAUAUACAUACAUAUAUACAUAUAUGUAUAUAUAUAUAUAUACCGUCGAGACUCGACGACCCCGGCGACUCGGCCAUUCGUAUCGAACGUAUAUUCGUCCCCAUUCUCCCCUACGAUAUGUAUUCAGGGAACAGCGGCCACAGAGAUGAAGAAUCGACAACGACUGGUUUGGAAACAUUAAACGUCCGCGGUGGCGAUCACACGAAGAACGAAGAGUCACCGAGUCCGGGAAAUCAAACGAGUACAAUCUCGCUCAUAAGUGUUAGGACACUUAUCGAAUAUUGUCGAGUAAAACGUUACGAGGCAUUACGAAGUUGUCGAAAGUCUUAAAGAAAUAUCGUUUGGGGGAUUUUAAAGCUCUAUUGAUAACGCUUACGCUACUAUGAGGUAACAAACGUGGCCCAGAAUAUAUCAUUUUUACGAAACAUCACAUUUUCUUCGUACAUACCAGGUGUCCUAAUAUAACUUACGAGCGGGGCAGUGUAUACUUUCACCUGUACGAGUGGAAUUGAUUCAAGAAUAGAUACCGAAACGAACGCGCGAACAAAUAUUGUAACCUUUGAUAAUCAUUUGAAAGUCGAAACCACCAUCCCAGUUUUUUUUUUCUCUGAAACAUUUACCAAGCCGUAUUUAGAAAAAAGUGACGAAAAUUCGUCGAUCUUAUCGUAAUGGUAUAUUAAGUAAGUCUUAAAACCAAAGAAAACAAAAAAAUGCUGAACGCAAAGAGAUAAUAUGUAUAUGUAUGUACAAUGGUAACGAAACAAUGAGAAAUUCCUGUUCAUUGAAUAAAUUGUCAACGAGGAGCAAGGAGAGCGUAUUUUGACCGACAGCCAUCGAUCUAACAUUAAGGAUUAUCCGUUAUGAUGUGUUGAUACGCGGACUUAUUUUUUAACGAUAAGAAUUUUUAUGCUUUCGAUGCACACAAUCACACGACACACGUUAUGGAGACCAUAAGCUUGCGACCCCCACUGUAGAAGCCCUGACCAUUAAAUUAGAACCACACAAUUUUCAGCAUUUCACAUAUGUUUGAUAAAAUUUAAGGAUCUGAACGUUAUUCAAUCAUAAACAUUAUUAACUACUAAAAUAAACACAUACGUUUUUAAUGUUUUUUUUACACACAUACGGGAAAAGAAAGUUUUCUCAGCGAGCGAUUGGAAACAGUUGCGAGAAACAUUUAUAGUGCAACAGACGACAGAAAUUGGCUUAAACUUUAAGCUUUAAAGUCUAUCGUAAUGUAGUCUAAUACGAAAAAUAUAAUAAUACGAAACA